UGGAAAAAUAAAAUAAUAAUAAUAAAAAAUUCCCGCGAUAAUCGGCAGUGGAGGAAGCACAAUCCACGGCUCGAAUUUGAAUUGCACGCCAAAAUCCCGCCGAUACAGAUUCUCUCGUGUCUCGGCGGCGGCGGUAGCAAGUACGAAGAACUAGUGAACUCCAAAUGAGGAGGAUUACGGAGAUUCUCAGGUUUCGCUCUGUGGCAACUCUGUGUGUUCUAACAACGGGAACUGGACUUGCGUUGCAGGCCUCGAACUCUAAUUCCAAAUUUGUCUCAUCAUCUUCCGAUUCUCGUUCCUCUUCUCUCGAUCUUGGGGAGAAGAUUCGGGCCGCUGUUAACGGCUUCCGUCGUUCCUCUCGUGCGAUUUCCACAAUUUCUCUGGUAGUUCUUGACUAUAAGUACUCUUUGCAAGGGGUGGUAGCGAACUCUGAGGAAUACCGUCUUAAAUUAUCUGAGGUUCAUCGUCGCUCUGCAAAUAGAAUCUUAAAGCUAUGCCAAGUUAACAAAGGGUUUUAUGUUAAAGCUGGUCAGUUUGUAGCUUCAUUGCGGCAGACACCAAAUGAAUACUCGUCCAUUCUCUCUUCACUGCAAGACCAGGCUGUUCCUUGUCCAUUCAAAGAUAUAAAAGAUAUUCUAAUCUGCAACCUCGGUUCAGAUAUAUCAGCAAUAUUUCUUUCACUCGAUGAACAACCUAUAGCUGCUGCGUCAAUUGCUCAGGUGCACCGUGGUAUACUGAAAAAUAAUCAAGAAGUAGCUAUCAAGGUGCAGUACCCAGGAUUGAUGCAACACGUGAAAAUAGACAUAACAGUCAUGUCUUUCCUAUCGAGAACCAUCUCAUGGCUAUUCCCAGACUAUAGGUUUCAGUGGCUGGCAUCAGAAUUUGAAAAGACAAUUUUUAUGGAGUUGGAUUUCAUCCACGAAGCUAGAAAUGCUGAGAGGACUUAUGAAAACUUCAAGAACAACAAUUUGAUCAAGAUUCCUCAAGUAUAUUGGGAAUUUACCACGAGGCAAGUUCUGACAAUGGAGUUCUGUGAAGGACACAAGGUUGAUGAUAUUGAAUUCAUGAAGCAAUCGGGCAUAGAACCAGCAAAGGUUGCCAAAGCACUUGUCGAAAUAUUUGCUGAGAUGAUUUUUGUCCAUGGUUUCCUGCAUGGUGAUCCACACCCUGGUAAUAUAUUGGUUUCUCAGGACCAUUUAAAUGGCUUCACUCUCGUUCUUCUAGAUCAUGGAAUCUACAAACAGUUGGAUGAAGAAUUUAGACUGAACUAUUGUCAGCUCUGGCAGGCCAUGAUUACACUAGAUACCAAUAAAAUACUUCAAUUAGGAGAACAGUUUGGUGUCCCGAAGUACUGUAGAUACUUCCCUCUCAUUUUCACUGGGAGAUCAUUUGAUAGUACAUCUGCUCUUGGGAUGGGAAUGUCCAAUGAAGAAAAAAGAAAUCUUAAGCAGGAACUGAAGUUGUUAAAGAUGGAGGACAUAUCUUCAUUCAUGGAAUCUUUGCCUCCGGACUUUCUCACUGUACUGCGCACAGAUGGUUUAUUGAGGUCCAUCACGAGAAAGUUGGGUGUUUCACAACGAGUUAGAAUAUUAACCUAUGCCAAAUUUGCAUUACGUGGUUCUUCUCCCAAAUUAAAUCCUGAAACAGAUAAUAUUGUGAAAGUUGCUUACUUCAGACUGAAGACAAACUUAAGCUACCUUUAUUUGAGGCUCAUUCUUGCUGGACUUGAGGUGCUAUCAAAUUUUCAAAAGUUCAUGCAUUAUGUGUAUUCAUUGUGUGGCAAGUUCAUUUAUGCCACGAAAACUUUCCGAUGCUUUCAUUCCUGUAGAGUAUUCAGGGUACAUGUUCUUGGCUUCUGGAAGAGUAUAUACGACUCGUUCCUCGACUUAAAGCUUCUAAUGGGAAAUCAUCAGUUUCUGAAAGAAUGAUUUCCCAAGGUAUACAUUUUUGUUUGUCUUACCAAAAACAAAACAAAUCAAUACAAGAUAAAGCAUUCAGAUAGAAAUAGGAUAGGACUAAAUGUAACCUUCUCAAAUACUUUAGGGCCCUUCAUUUGUCUUUUUUUAUUUUCUUUUUUGUAUGAUUGAGUGACUGUUUUGAAGAUUCAAAGUUCUAAUGUAAAGAUUCAGAAAUUUAUUGGUUGUAUGCAGAAGUAAAGAUGGUUAAUGGUUAA